CGUUUGUGAUUUUGUGGCCGCCAUUUUGUUUCUCUAUCUCUAUUCAUAUUUCAUGAAGUGGGAUUUGCUCUACCAGAUUUUACAAGUUAAAUAAAAACUGUAAUUUCUAGAGUAUAAAUAGAAUUUUUCUUAAAAUAACUCCGAGCGAUGUCGGACCGAAAACGUUUACUAGACGAUCUUCGGGUAAUAGACCUACGCGCUGAAUUAGAAAAACGCAACCUAGACAAGAGCGGAGUUCGCGGUGUGCUCCUAAAACGUUUAUCAAAGCAUUUGGAGGAGGAGGGCCAUGACCCGGAAACGUUUACGUUCGAAUUAAGUACUACAGAAACGAAGACUCCGUCUAAAAGAGCGAAGCGGAUAGAGAGUUCAAAGGAACCGACGGAUGAAGAGGAAACUCCCGCUUUGGAAGAUAUGAUAGUUCAAGAUACAGCGGGCGAAGAGGAACAAAUUGAUAAUACAGAAGAUAAAGACGAGAAAACUGUCGAGGAGAGCCCAGCCGAGACUGACGUCAAAAUGGAGGUGGAUGAAUCUGAGAAAGUCAGCAGAAAACGUGAGAGCAAAGAGGAGUCUGAAGCAACUCAAUCGAAGAAGCAAUGCACAGAAAAAGAUGUCAAAGUUGAGGACAAGUUGGAGAACAACACUGAUGCAGAGGACAGCAUCAACUUAGAUAUUGGAGAUGAUGAACUGUUAAAUGAAGAGACUGACAACACUGCUAAAAUUAAAAAAGAUGACGACGCGAGCGAGGAACCUGCGCCCGCAUCCGGCGACGACCCCGCGCAGGAGGACUCCGCUACAGCCGACGAUGACAACAAUGAAAACCAACAAGUAACCUCCGAAGCUGCUGCCACUAGCAAUGAUAUGGAGAAAACUAUUAAGGAUGAAAAAGAUGAUAAAGACAAAGAUGGUGAUGAUAAAAGGGAAAAGAAGGAUGACGGUAAGGAAGGAGGGGCUCGCAACCUGUGGGUCAGUGGGCUGUCUGGUGACACCAGAGCUAAGGAUCUGAAGCAGCUGUGCAGCAAGCAUGGCAAGGUGAUUGGAGCCAAAGUGGUGACCAACGCUCGCACGCCGGGCUCCCGCUGCUACGGGUAUGUGACGAUGGCGAGCGCUCUGGACGCUGAGAAUUGCAUCAAAAAUCUGCAUAGGACAGAACUACAUGGGCGUAUGAUAUCUGUGGAGAAGGCUAAAUCAGAAUCGGAGUCGUCCACGCGCCGUCAGCCGUCGUCCGGUCGACUUGAACGACGAACCAGCAAGGACAGGAAGGAUGAAGUUAAAGAAGGCCAAGAUGAUAAAGAAGGCGUAGAAAAGAGUAGUGAACCAAAGGUGAAGAAAGAAGGUGACGUGUCUGGAGCCGAGAGUACCAGGUCACAGUCUCGGGAGAAGUCUCACCGCUCUGAUAAGGACAAAGCCAGGCGUAGUUCACGGAGUCGCGAGACGAGGCGUUCUCCUGCACGGGAAGUGCUAUCGUUUUCACGGAUAUGGAAGGAACGCGACGUGGCCAGGGCGCGCGAACGCUCGCGAGCGCUGCGCGAGGAGGAGCGGCGGCGGCGCGCGGCCGAGGAGGCGCUGCGCGAGCGCGAGCGGCGCCAGCGCGUCGAGAAGAACCGCCUCGCCGUCGAGCGAGAGAAGCUGCGCGCCGAACGAGAGAAAAUUGAACGUGAAAAGAACGAGUUGUUACGCCUAGAACGCGAGAGACAUAGACUGGAAAGAGAGAAACUGGAAUUGGAGAGAUUGGAACUGAAGAGAGCACAACUAAGGCUGGAGGAGGAGCGACGUAAGCGCGGCUACGAGGGCAGCGCGUACCGCAAGCCGGCCGCCAGCCCGCCGCCCGAGCCCGCCUACGAGCGAGACUCGCGGCACAAGCGACCGCCGCCGCCGCAAAUGACAUCUAGUCGCGGACAGUUCGAGGCGCCGCCGCCGCCGCGCUUCGAGAUACCGACCAACUACGACCGCGGCGCCGACAAGCGCGAACGUGACCGGGACUACAAGCGAGACUAUCCCAGACAUGUCUCCUCAAGUAACAUGAAAUACCCCAGCAAUGGCAGCACAAAUGAAGACACGAGGCAACAAAUGCCUCCUGGCACCAGAUUGAAGGAGCCUAGCCGAUCGUACGACGCGCGGGAGAGUCGCUCGUACCGGCCGUCUCCCCCGGGCAAGCCAGAGCCACGCAGUUGGAACACCUCCAACCGGUACCCUGACGCGCCGGCACCUUCUAAAGGUAUUAAAGGCAACCCGAGCAGCGGCGGGGGCGCCGGCGGCGGCGGCGAGCCGUGGGCGGGCGGCGAGCCGCGCUACGGAGGCACGUACGAGCCGCGCUACCCGCCCUACCCCGCGCCGCAGCCGCCCGCCGCCUACCCCGAGCGGUACCCGUCGGGCCGCGAAUACGCGCGCAAGUACUGACAGGUACAUUGAUGGGAUUUCUCUGUAAUCUGUACAAUUUUCGCCAUGUUGUUUGUAUUUUUAGUAAUAUUCUUAGUUGGUAUUUAAGUAAUAUUUCAUUCCCUUUAAUGUUUUUUCUAUAUUGUAAUUUGUAGAUAUUAUUUUUAAUGUGCAAACAAAUUAUUUACUUUAUACUUUUUGUGUGAAAGUGUGUUGGACCUAAUUAUUUAGGUUAUCUUGUUUCUAUGUAAAGAAAUGUAACAUUGCAAAUUGUUUUGCAACAAAAUCAGAUUUGAAAAUAUAUUACAAUUAAGUAAGCUUGAUUCUCGAUUAAUUGGUUUCAUUAAAACGCAUAAUAUUACAAAACAA